GUUUCAGUGGGUGCUAACUACCGUUAUUUGGUGAACAUUCAACAGGAUUACUAUGAUGGCGUUAAAACUCCUUCCAAUCAUCCAAAUAAUUAUCAUACUCUUCACACAAUCCACCUUAAGCGUACCGAUUUACGGUACUAAACGGUAUGGCCAAUCAUACCACGUAACGCCAUACCAUUCGAUGGUGCGCACCACCCGUUAUCCCGUCGGCUACUACGACAACUACCCUUCCGCUUCCAACUACGAUGACUAUUAUUACCAAGACGGUUUUCCACUAUACUAUCCUAGAACUUCGAAAUAUGAAGUUUACCAGGCGGUCAUGCCAUACUAUUAUGAGGAACGGCCAGUUUCCGCCGCCAGAUACGGCUAUAAUUACUACGGAUAUGACGAUCCAGUCGUAGACUUGCAGGAGGAGAUGAUACAGGAGGCUGAGAGAGAACAGCGGGAGGAUGCGCAGCCCAUAGGUCAUGAAGUCAUGUACGAGAACGACUAUGACGAAGAUCCGGACGAAGCGGACGAUACUAAAGUCGCGUUCUUGCAAAAUUUAAUCCUCACCCAGAUGUACAACGACCAACAGCGCGAAGACGACGGAUACGAUACCAUGUAUGACUCGUACGAUAACUACAGACGUUACGAUGAUGCUACCGAUUUGCCGUACCGUCAACAAGAAGACAAGGACGUUGAUGACUUGAAACAGUUGGCCAGAGAGCAAAACAAACCGAAACCAUACAGGAAGCAGAAACAGAACAACCAUGUUCCUCAAUGGUACAACAACAAGCCAUCUCAGAAAACCGUUGCGAACGUUUACAACCCGGAAGCGAAACGCGGAAACAAGCAACACGACAGGAAGAAUUUCAUUGACAGGAAGCCGAUUCUGGUAGUACCGACGACCAUGCAGCCGGCUAUUGAGACUUCGACAAAGAGGGAGGGGCAGAAGGAGAUUGUGAUGAUGAGGCCCGCCACUCCGGUCAGAAAUCCUUUCUCCAAUCAAGUCUUGGAGAUGAUGACCAAGAACGACAACAAGAAGCGGACGCCCUCUGUCUAUGACACUAUCAAGAAGAUGUUGGAGAUGGAGAAGAGUUUGGAGAAUAAACAACUCGCCGGACAUGAGAUCCGUCCCUCCAUGAAGAAGCGCAUUGUCGCGACGGAGGACAGCCUGACAAAACAGCUCACCGUUCUCAAAAAGGCACAGUAAGCUUUAAAUGUUUUUUGAUUUCGUUGCUGAUGUAACCAACUUGCAAUUUCUUCGUGUAUACAUAAACAUAAGAACCCUAUCGCUAUAGGAUACAUUAUAAGCGCUACUUCAGACGGUCAAGAGUGUGACCUGAAUGUUUGUUACAAAGACUGAUUGACAUUAGUAUUAAUUCAUGUAUAAAUUGGUAGUAUACAAGGUGAUUUCCAAAAAAAGGUUUUUGAGGGUUACCUUGUAUAUUCGUAUAACUUUCGGAUAGCGGGGUAGGUGUAGAUUAUAAAAAAGAUGAUUAUUUUACAAUUGCAUUCCUUCCAAUAAACAAACUGCUUGUAGUUUCUUGUAAAUAGUUAAGGACGCAAUCUAAUAUAUUUAUAUAUAUAAUAUAUGUAUGUGUGAGAACAAUAUUAAUUAUAAUUUAUACGAUAUGAACUUUUCAUUUAACUCGGAAAGAGAUAAAAUUUAAACUGAGAUGGAUUAUUAAGACUGAUUAGUGAGAUUUUGCUGCUGGUUGAAUGAAAAGUUAUUUUCUUAAUAAGAAUAUCAUUAGACAUAGAAAUAAUAAUUUAAGUCCAAUUUUAACUUUAAUGGAUGAAUUUAUAUUUGAUGAAAUCAAACGAAGUUGUUAAGUAACAGUUAUCAGACUAAAAUAUUUUCAUUAAAUGAGGAAAUCAAUAACAAGUAUUAAAUUAAAUCAUUAAUAAAUAAGUUUUAAGGUAACUUCUUUAUUAAGGAAAAUAUUUUUGAAUUAAAAGUACUGUUCAUCCAUUUGAGUUUUCAAUUACUACUCAUUUGAAAAUUUUCGAUUUCGAAGCAUCUCUAUACGAAUUAAUUUUAGGUAGCAGCUUUAAAGUCUUUGGCAAAAAUUGGUAUUUCAAUGUUUAAUGAUUGUUGUAUCUUCUUGAAAAUAUGCUUAAAAUGGUAUAAAGUUGCCUAUAAUAUAUUUUCUUCACAUGGCGAAUGCAAAACCUGUGAUAACUGAGAAAAAGGGACUGUGCUUACUUAUAUAAUUAUGUUUCAAGCACUUUAUGAUAAAACAAAAUGUCAUAAAGGUCCAUGUUAGAUAGCAGAAAUAGCUUUAUCAUGAGUUAUGAUAAUAUUUAAAUAUGUCAAUGUCGAUGUUAACAUAAUCGAUUAUGUUGUAGUACAGAUUCUUAGAUAAUAUUAUAUAACAUAAUAUACAAGACAGUUAAUAAUAUUUUAAUCACUUAAAAUUUUCUUCAUUAAUUUAUUCUUCAUGUAUUAUAUUUGCUAAAUGUGAUUCAUUUAUUUUUAAAAUUUAAAUUUUAGUUGUAGUCCCAAAUUUUAAAAUCUCAAAAAUUACUCAUUCAUUAACUCUAGUAAAUUAGUCAAUAUUUUAUUAAAUCAACUCAACUUCAAUUAAAUAUUUUAUAAAAAUCUCUGAAGUUCCAUCCAACCAGUUUAUAGUCAAUUUAACCAACAUAUCAACAACAUUGACAUAAAUACGUGUUGGAAUUAUGUCAAGUAGAUGGAAGCUUCAGAUGUUGCAGUCAAAAUUCAAUUUAUUUCCUUGCAUUCCAUUUUGUGAAUAUUGUAUGAGUUCCAGAUCUUUAAAUGGUUUUGAUGUUUAUUUUUUAGUGAUUUUAGUUUUGCAUACAAAAUUCACAAAAUCAAAACUAUUUUAUGUUAAAUCUUGAUCUGUACAUAUCUCCUCUAUUUUGUACCAAAUGUAUAUACUAUAUUUUGAUAUGUAUUAUAGAUUCUAGCUCACUACAUUAAACAGUUUGUUUUCUGUUUAUUCAUUAAAACCCAUGAAUGUAAACACCGUUAUUAUACUGACUGAUCAAAAAUAAAUGUAUUUAAA